AAGUACUCUAGUAAAAUUUUAGUCUGACAGCCGUCCGUGACACUCUCACAUAUUUAGUAAACAUAAUAAGAAUUAUAAAAACCACAUCCACAAUUUAUUAUUACCAUUUUACUUGUUCAGCGGUUGGCGGACGUGUAUGUGUAUGUGUGUUUGUGAACCGAUACCCGGAUGUUGAUCGGCUCGGCGUCCAGUGCGCAGCUGCAGGCCGAACUGACUGAGGAACAGGAAGGGAGCAGCAGUUCAUGGAAGACGGUCACCAUAAGACAGGAGACAGUAGUCAACAGGAGGACACUGAAGACAGCACAAAAGAAUUGAGUGCAUUUCCAUCUGCCGCAUCUCUCAACACCCUUACCUGUGCUUCAUUACGACCCGGUCCCACCGAAACACCCUCCCCCUGUCCUGUUGUCGGGGGUUCGUUGGACCCCCCUGAGGGAGGGAACAAUGCAAAGCGGACCGCUGUGGCCGACGGACAGCCCCCCUCCGCGGUGUCCCAGCGCUACAUGCCCCGUGAGGUGCCCCCGCGCUUCCGCAACCAGCAGGAACCCAAAGUGCUACUGAAGAGGGGCCAGCCGCCACUGUCCUGCAUGCUGCUGGGGGGCGGAAACGGGGGGGACGCAACGCCCCGACUUCCCCUGCAGGAGGAAGCUGAUGCCUCAGAUCAUACGGUGGAUUCAGUUUCUCUGCACUCAUCGUCUGACGCCUCUGCCACUCCCACUUAUGCAAAUUACACAUGGGGGCUGGGCUCAGGAGGUCAACCCUCCGCUCAGGGAAUGGACAAGGACAAUUCUGAUGUAGAGAAAUGGCCAAGACCGGAAGACCAUUGGAAUAGUAAUCAGACCCCACAGUCUGCAAGGUUAGGGAUGGAUGAGUCUGCCGGCCUGGGAAUGAAUAGUUCUUCUCAACUCUCUGGAUAUGCAGAAACCAGUGCGGUAGGAGGUGCAUCCUCACAGUCUGACAAUAAAGAAUCAAUUAAAGGAGUCAAUCAACAUUUUAGUUCCAAGGUGCCGUUACCUUCUGGAGACCAGGAGGGCACUCAAGGUCUAAAUCCAAACUACAACCCUGAUGACCCUGAGAGAGCAGCUUCAGGUCGAGAUCUCUUAACUCACCCUGCCUCUAAGGAAUCUCCUCUUGCACCCUUGAGUCCAGCCAGUGCGAGGUACCAGACACUCUGCAAGAAUGAAGAACGCAUUACGGGGGAUUGGGCGGAGCUGCAAGCUGGACCAAAUGGUGGUGGAGAGGUUGGAGUCUCCUGCCCAGAUUUGUGGGAUACAGGACAAGAUCUUGUUGGGAAGAACAGUGAUGCUGUAGGUGGAAGUUCAGGUGAUGGCACUGGCAUCUCUCAGGGAAAGUGGGACGGCGACACAGUAGGUUCAAACAAACAGGCAGCUACAGGAUGGACCUCAAACUCAACAGUUGGAGCCUCAAAAGAGGAUGUGAAAGAGAUCUCUGAGGUAAGCACAGAUAGUUUACAGGACUCUUCAAUGCUUGCAAAAAGUGUGGCAUCAAGAGAUGACAAUCAGAAAGCAGGAGACGACUGGGAUGGGUCAGAGGGAGAAUCGACUGGUAGAGAAAGCACUGAGGAUGGGAUGCACGCCCACAAUCUGGUCCAGAGUCCCUCCAGAUGUCAGGCCCUCCACCCAGAAGAAGCCUUACAGAGCUUGAUCACUCACACUAACCUGGAUCCUAAAGUGCUGUGCAACACGGGAUGGGGCAAAACCCAGAUCAAGCAGAACGUUGCCUGGGAUUUUGAGGGCGAUAGUGGGAACGCUGGUUGGGAUGUAGAAGUGCAUACCAACCGCAGUAAGGAAGGCUGGCGGGAUGCAGGUGAUCCUUCCAGCUCCAAAAUUCAGAAGCAAGAGGUUGGACAGGUGGGUAGAGCUCAAGGGUGGACCGGGCAAGGAGAAAUAAGUGUUGGGAGUGGUCGCAAAGGGAGUGGUUGGGGAGAAGACCAGGAGGUUGAAGGUUCGUGUAGGAGGGAAGGAACUGGGUGGAACCAGGGUGGCGGAAGUGAGUGGACAAAAUUGCCCGAGGGUGGAGGCUGGAAGGAAGAGAGAGGUAGUGACAGAAGAAAUCAGGAUGAGGGCAGCCCGGAAGAGUCGGGACAGCGGAGUGGUGGCUGGGGAGGAAAUGAAGGCAGCAGUGUCAAACUGCACCAGGGAUGGAGCGAGAAGCUUCUUCCAUCACACAUACCAAACAAACAAACAGCACUUAAAACCCAAAAUCAACAACCGCAGCAGCAAUCGCAGACCCAGCAGCAAAUGCCGGGAUAUCCAAAGGCCUUGCAGGACAGGGGGCGUCCAGAAGAGCCGGAUGACCAGAGCAAAGGGUCUGGGUGGACCUCUGGGCCCAUCCCUCAGAUGCCUUCAGUUGUAGAGCCGAGUGGGUGGGAUGAACCCUCGCCUCAGUCCAUCAGCCGGAAGAUGGAGAUCGACGAUGGCACGUCUGCAUGGGGCGAUCCGUCACGCUACAACAACAAGAACGUCAAUCUGUGGGAUAAGAACAGCUCACCGGCCCAACAGUCAUCGUCUGGAAGACAGCCUGGAACGGCUUCUAAGAACUCGGUUCCUGCAACAUGGGCGCGCAGCAGUGCUCCCUCUGACCCAUCUGUGGACAGUGGUACAGCUUCUUGGGGGAAAUCGUUUGAUGCACCAUCUGGCUGGGGGGAAUCGAGUGAACCAGGGAAAGGUGGAGGAUGGGGAAACUCCCAUUCCCAUUCUGCCAAGUCUGGUUCAAAGUCUAUGCAAGAGAGUUGGGGUGACGAAAGCUCGAAUGCAUCCCGCCACUCCAGCUGGGAGGAAGAUGAUGGUAGUGUUGGUGUUUGGGGAAGUCGGGGAUCCCAAAGCAACAUGCCCACGUACAACUCCGGGGGCUGGGGGCAAGGCCAGGGGGCCAGGAGACUCAACACUAAGAGCCCCCUUAAAGGUAACAGUGGGGACUCGUGGGCAUCUCCUGUGACUCGGCAGUUCUCAAACAUGGGCGUUACGGAUGAAGACUCCAGUAUGGGUCAUGAUAGACAUGACAGGAGAGGAAUGAAUGAUGGUGAGAUGCGGAGAGGCGGCAGGACUGGGGGAGGUUUCCGCUCACAGACUUCCAAAGAGAUGCCAUGUGGGGAGACCGGACCUUAUCUGGACAAGGUCGGGGGUCAUAAUAUGUUUGGCAGCGGUGGACAUCCUCCAUUGAGAGGGAUGCAUCAGGCUGGUGUGCACCCCUUAAACCCUUCCCCCGGGAUACGAGCACAAGUGCCUCCCCAGUUCCUGCCACCUCAGGUUCCUGGGCCUUUGCUAAAGCCAAUGGCGCCCCCUAGUGGGAGUAUGUUCCCUCCACAGCUCUCCCCCCAGCAAAUCGCCAUGCUUGGUGGCAUUCAUCCACACAUGCAGCAGUUCCAACUAGCCUGUCAGCUCAUUCUACAACAACAACAGCAGCAACAGUUUCUGAAUCAGAGGAAGUUUCCUCCUCCUGCAAGACAACAGCACGACCCGCAGCAGCUGGCGCGGAUCAUGGCUAUCCUACAGCAGCAACAGGGGGUUGGCGGGCCCAAACUCUCGCCGUCCCCCCUGGGAGGACACGUGCCCAAACACCCAGACGCGCACCUUCAUCACCUGGGCAUAAACGCUCACAAGCAGCCUGAUGUGCCAGUGCAUUCGGCCAUGGGAGGAUCUGAGCUACACAACAAAGCUCCAGCUGCGUUCACGGGUUUUGCGAGCGGAUCUGAUCUGGACUCUCUGAUGAGUUCUCCUGCUGGUUUGAAGGAUGGAGCUGGGACUCAGUCUCGAUUUAAGUGGAUGAUGGAUGGAAACAGUUUGACGCCCUCCCCGCCGGAGCAAACACUACACAACGGGCCAGUGAAGCUGCCCGGCGGUGGCUCAUUCUCUCAGUUUGACGUGUUGGGCGGCGGCUGGCACAGAAGUGCAGCUGGUAAAAUGGACACACCUCCUGCAAACCCCACCUGGCCUCCAGAGUUUCAGCCGGGCGUCCCGUGGAAGGGCGUCCAGAGCCCCGAACCUGAGCCUGACCCUUACAUGACCCCUGCGGGAAUGAUGGGAUCAGCUGUGCUCGGUGAUACCGAACAUCAUCUGCUGCAAGACAACACAGGGUCACACUCUCUGAACACCUGUAUGCCUUCACCUGGUGCCUGGCCGUACAGUGCCUCAGAAACCCCUCUCACUGCACACGGCACAGCUAAAUACUCUGAGCUGAAGUCCAGUUGGCCACCGGAGCCCAUUGGACAUGGCAAAUCGUGGCGGACCAAUCGGAACACUUCUCACCUGCCCCGUCCUCCUCCGGGCCUCAGCAGUCAGAAGCAGCCGUGGUUGGGGGAGGGGCCUCGGAUGCCCAGGGCAUGGGGAGGCGGAGCCAGCGUCCCGGAGUCGCCCUUUAAAUCAGAGUGGAGCGACGGAGGAGCGUCGGCGGGAAAAUCAUGGCUGUUACUGCGGAACCUCACGCCACAGAUCGACGGCUCGACCCUGAGGACGAUCUGUCUGCAGCACGGCCCUCUGCUGACCUUUCAUCUCGGCUUGACGCAGGGCAGCGCUCUGAUUCGCUACUGUAGCCCUCAUGAAGCCGCCAAAGCCCAGAGCGCCCUGCAUAUGUGCGUUCUGGGAAACACCACCAUCGUGGCCGAGUUCAUGAGCGAGGAGGACGUCGUCCGUUACUUCACACAUUCCCAGACCGCCGGGGUCACAGGGUCACCCGAGGGCUCGUCCGACUCUGCCUCUCGAGAGAGCGAGCGGCCCGCGGGCGUUGGCGCUGACGGAGACUGGCAGGGGUUGGACGUGUCGGCCGGAUCUGCUGUGGAAACGCCCGGACUCGCCCUCCUCAGCCAAUGGAGCAACAGUGCAGGGGAGGGGGCGGGGAAAGGGGUCUGGGGGGGCGUGGCUCCCGGUUAUCACGGCGGCGGCCUAUGGGGCGUUCCUCAGUUAGAGGACGGCACAGCCGGGUUAUUGCCAGGCAACCUGCUUGGAGGCGGGACGGACAGUUUGUGAUUGACAGUUGAGAGUUUUUGAGAUACUGGUACGUGGAGUAUAAAGUGUGUCGUAACGGCAUCAAACUGCAAAAAUAAUGAUUGUUUCCAAACAUGUGGAAGCCCAGUGCAUUAUCACUUUUUUUUAUCUAGUUUUCAUGAGACAAGGGUUGAACCUGUUUUAUCCUGAAACUCGAAAGGAAAAAAUAAAUCAUCAUUUUAGGACCAUUAAAAAUUUUGCCUUGUGACAUUGUUUGUAAUAAAAAUUAAUCAUCUAAUUCCUACUCUAUAUAUACAUUACUUUUAAAUUGUAAUUAUUCCCAAAUGUGAUUUUUAUCUUAUUUUAUUUGUUUUUCUAUUUCUAUUUUAUUUUGCUGUAUUAUAUUUUGUAAAUACAGCAAUACAGGUUAUUUUAAUGUAAUUUUAUAUAAAUCAUUAAUAAAUAUAUAAAAUAAAAAUAAUAGUAUUUAAAUCAGUACUAAUAUUAAAACUCGCAGCACAAAUACCACCGUGAUGAACAAAAUACUAGCUGAAUAAUGUCACAAUGCAAAAAAAAAAGUAUGUAUGCGUCAAUUACAUAUCUAUAUGAAAACUUAAACAUGUUCUCGAGGUAUAUUUUGAUUACUGAGUGAAGAAUAAGUCACCGUAAAAGCAUAACGCAUGGCUUCUGUAUGUUUUCAUUGUUUUUGCAGUUCUUUCUGGUGAGGCUGAUUUCACACACCGCAGCUUUAAGACAGACACACACUCACAUCCAGAGAGCUACAUUUCCACACAAACACUGGAUGUGUUGACAGGCUUUUGUAUCAGUGAGAUUUUAAACACACACACACACACACACACACACACACACACACAGGUGCAGUGCGAUCGCAGUGAAUUUGCUUACAGACAUUCUCGUCAUUGCCAGAGUUAAGCUAUCAUGUAUUUGAAUGCAGGGACUGUUCCUAAAGGCCUUCUUUCUCACACACACACACACACACACUGCUCAACUUGAACAACCCAAUGUAAAUUUGAUGUUACGCUGGCACACGCAGACACUGUUUUAAUGCUUCGACAGUGAGUUUGUUCGAGCGUGAGAGCAUUUGAUGCCGGUAGAUGCGUGAAACUCACAUAAAACAGGCCACAUUUCUCUCCAGAAUAAAGUCGGAAUCAAAAUUUUGCCUAAAGAAAACCUAUUUUUAGGACCAGUUUACAAAUGGAUGUGAUAUUUUUUUUUUCAUGAUGACUGAGCACAUUUACUCCCACAUUCUCAUUAUUGUAAUGCAACAAGUUGUUUUUGCUGUUCUCCUGAAUCAGUAAUAUUUAACAGUGAUCGUAAUAGUUACUAUAUUACAGUGAAAAAUAUUGUAAUGUAAUAAGUUUUUAAUUUAAUUCAACUAGUAUCAUGAUGCAUAAACACUUGAAAUCAUUUAAAUAAUGCCAUUUUUCUGCAAGAUACUAAUGAGAAUUUGGGAAGAAGUGUUUUAUAGUUGCAAAAAUAUUGUCACAAUGCACUGUUUGAUGCUUCGACAGCAGAUUUCUUGUUUUCUUUUUUCUUGUUUUUUUUUUUUUUUUCUUUUGCGCUAGAGCAUUUGAAGCUGGUAGAUGCGUAAAACUCACGAAAAAACAGGCCACAUUUCACUCCAGAAUCAAAAGUCAAAAUCUAAAUGUUGCAUAAAAAAAACAACCUAUUUUUAGGAACAAUUUACAGUUUUUUCAUUGUGAUAUUUUCAUAUGGAAGCUUGUUCCCACCAUGGAAUUAAAAAAAAAAAAAAGGCAAUUGCGAAUUAUCUCACAAUUUAGACUUUAUAUAUCUGCAAUAUAUAAAUUUGCAACUGUGAAUUAAAAAGUCAUAAUUGUGAUCUGACUUUUUUCUCAGAAUCAGACUUUAUAACUCGCAAUUGUAAGUUUAUAUCACAAUUUUUAGAAAGAAAGUCAGAAUUGCGGGAUAUAAACUCGCAGUUGCAAAAAGUCAAUUGCGAGGAAAAAAAUCAUAAUUACGAGUUUAUAUCUCAAUUCUAACUUUCGUUUUCUCGCUAUUGCAAGUUUAUUUUAUUGCAAUUGCUAGUUUUUACCCUGCAAUUCUGACAUUUUUUUCUCGUAAUUGUGAUUAAUUACGAGUUUAUAUCGCACGAUUCUUUCUUUUUCUCGCUAUUGCGAGUUUAUACCCUACAAUUCUGACUUUCUUUCUCGGUAUUGCGAGUUUAUAUCGCACAAUUCUGACUGAAUUUACAUUGCGCAAUUGCGAAAAGAAGUCAGAAUUGUGAUAUAAGUCGCAAUUAACUAAUUAACGCAAUUAACAAGUUUAUUUUUUGCAAUUGCGAGUUUAUAUCCAGCAAUUCUGAUUUCUUUUUCCCCUCGCCAUUGCGAGUUUAUUUUUUGCAAUUGCGAGUUUAUACCCUGUGAUUCUGACAUUUUCUUGGUAUUGGGAGUUUAUAUCCCGCAAUUCUGACCUUUUUUCUCACAAUUGUGAAUUUUACAUCUCGCAAUUGCAGAAAAAAGUCAGAAUUGUGAGAUAAGUCGCAACUAACUUAAUUUUUUUUAUUACGUGGCAGAAACAAGCUUCCAUAUUUUCUUGAUGAUUUAGCACAUUUACUAUGUUGAAUCUGGUUAUAUUCUCAUUACUGUAACAUUAUAUUUACUGUAUUACAGUGAAAAGUACUGUAAUGCAAUUAGAUUUUUAUUUAAAUCAACUAGUGUAAUGAUGCAUAAACAGUUUAAAUAAUGCCGUUUUUCUGCAUAAAAUAAUUUUUUCUGUCGUCACCAUACAAAACUUUUUACGGUCCUAAAAAUAAGAUACAUUUUCAUCACACAAAAUGUAAUUUCCUUGUGAUUCCGGUGUGAAAUGUCGCGAUGUUUUGUGAGAUUCACGCAGAUUCCGUUUCUUUUAUCAGCGCGGCGUUCCUGUGGAUUUCGUGUAACUUAAACGCAUCUGAUCUUGUUCUGACCUUCCACUGUUCCCUUCUUUAUCUGUUCGUCAGGUUUGCUGUUACAUUUAUACGAUUCGUACGCUGUUUUUUGCUAAGGCAUAUACAAGUUAUCUUCAAAGACUUUCAAGUGUGUUGGACGGACAGACGGACUGCCGUCUAUAACGUGUAUGUGUGCACUUUACUGUUUUUGUCUGUGUUUGUGAGUUUGUGUGCGGCUGUACAUUGUUAACUGUGCACUAUACACUGCUGGUUGUGUUUUACAAACGUUGGCAUUAGCGGGUUUCUGCGAUUGGCGUUUCUUUCGUUGUUUUUUAAGCGUACUCAUGUAGCCUUUUGUAUCGGCUGAACUGCAAUAAUGAUGAUUCUACAAGCAUUUUUAAGACACAAACGUGUGACGGCGUUUCUGCCAAACUUAUCCGCCUGUCCAGAGUUUACAAACAGCUGAAAGACAUGUGUUUUUAUGUGUCUGUAUUGUUGUUUUUGUUUUAAAUUAAGACUUUAACACUCCUUUCAGUGUUUCAUUUUUUUGAGAUUUUACAGAAGAAAAAAGGUGAAGAGUUUAUUUAAAUAAAAGUGACAUAUGCAGCUGUUAUAAAGAUUGUUUUUUUUGUGGUUUCUGGACUCUUUCUGUCAUACGUGCUCAGCUGUAAACCUGUCAGUGUGUUUGAGGUAAGUUAACAGGUUUUUAAAUUGUAUUGGUAACACUUUACAAUAAGGUCUCGUUUAACAUUAGUUAAUACAUUAACUAACAUAAACUAAUAAUGAGCGAUAUUUUUACAGCUUUUUUUUUUUUUUUUUUUUUUAAACCUUUGUUGACUUUAGUUCAUAAAAUGUUUGUUACCUUUGGCUAAUGUAAAAGGCUAAAUGUUGAGAUUAAUGUUAAUAAAGAUUCAUUGUUUUUUUGUGUUAACUGAUGUAAAAAAAAAAAAAAAACCCUCUUGUUAUUAACUCUUUUAUUAACCAUUUUGACAAACUUGUAUCUUUAACAAUUACUUAAACAACAGUUCAAGUAGCCUACAAUUAAAUGCGUUCAUACGGGGGAAAAUGCCUCCUUGGGGUAAAACGUUCCCCGUUCACUGUCAUAAACUGUAGUUACUCUGUUCUGAACAUUAAAUCCUUUGUUUUUCCAUCAGAUGUAAUUAACUAGGUGGUUAAAUGAAAAAUAUUUGGACUCUAUUUUUUAAAAAUUACCUCAAGUUAGCAUCAGCUAGCUAGUUAGCUAGCAUCAGCUAACAAUACUUUUCCAAAUAGUCCAUAUGUUGAUUGUUUGUCUGACUGAUUUUCAGCAAUGUUCAUUAAUAAAUAUUCAUAUUUAGCCUA